CCUUUUUAUUGUACUGGCCUCUUCUAUGUGUUGGCGACAAAAUGUAUUCCGUUAUCUACCAGAUGAACAAACUUGCAAAUUUCAUUGGUAAAGAAAGAGAUGAAUAUAAACUAAAAGCUUCAAUAUGUUCUGGAGUAACUCACAAAAACAAUCCUCCUCAACAGGAAUUGUUAGAUGUAAACAUUAAUCACUCUUUAAUGCUUUCUGUCAAUGAAAUCAAAACAUUUCUUUCAUUCCUGGUAGAGGAUCUGAAGCUCAGCGGGGUGAACUCAUAUGAUGCUUUUGCCGAAAAAUACAGUGGAGUCAUUUACUUUUUAGUGCAUAUAAAUAUGCACAACUUUCGGUCGACAUUGGAAUGUAUGGAAAGCAAAGAACUGAAUGCCGCUUAUGAUAACUUGUUGGUGGAUAUACAUAAACUGCUUUUGCUCGUCCAACAACAUACGUACAAUAUCGACAAUUUUAGAAAAUACAGAAGACAAAUAGCUGACCUUUUGUUUGCAGAAAGGAAAGAAAAAUCCGUAUCUAAAUGCCUUUUAGAUACCGAAAAAUUUCUUCAGGAGUAUAUUUUUCAGGAUAACUCAAACAUCACUCUUUGUGAGAUGCUCUCUUGGUGGAAAGAUUACGUAAAUGUUCUGUUUUGUCUUUUCGAUGAUUUCUACUCGUCGUCAGGCUUUAGCCUUCUGCAUACUAUGAUAAUCUACCUUAGAAAGUGGUCAAAAGUCACUCAUUCCAAAGUAAUACUGUCACAAUUAUAUAUUCAAAAACUACUAGGUGAUGAUUUUGGAAGGCUUUCUUUACAAGUAUUACGUAACAUCAAUGAAAUUUUAAAGAUAUGGUCCAACAUAUCGAAACAACUGAAAAGAAUUCAGCUAAAUAUUUUAACUCAAUUAGAUUCUGCCAAAACGGAUAUUCAUGGGGCAAUAUCACUUAGUGAUAAUUCAAGUGACCUGUUGGGUGAACAAUUCGAAAGCUCAGAAACCAAUCUUGGUACAAUCUUUGAUUUGAGCUUUUUUUAUUCGUUUUUCUUUUAUGAUCAAUCACACGAAUACACUUUGGAUACAAGGCGACACUCUUCUAGCUCUCCUCAGUCCCAUAAACCUAAAAGUGCAUUGAAAAAAUCAGGUGAUACAUCAGUAACUCCAGAGAAAGUGAAUAUUUCUAAAGAAACAGAAACAAUUCUAUGGGAGCCAGUUUAUACGAUGAAUAAGUCGUUAACAAAAUGUUUAAUUCGCGCAACAUUGGAAACUCUACAAGAUUAUGCCAGUCAAUUACAAUUAGGAUGUAAUCCAACUGCGAUCGACAUUAUGAAUAGUAGUAAAAGAGAUUCAAAUCAAUGCGCAAAUAAUCUGAAUAUUGAAUAUUAUAACUGUUUAAAUAUACUUUUGCAAACCCCAGUAUUUGCUACAUCAGUACAUGGACAAUUAUUCAAUCCAGCGGAUUUAUGUUUUAGUGAUUUUUGGUAUCAUAAAAACCAAAAUAUACUCGAUGAACAAUUCAAUCCUAGUUUUACAACGCAAAAUAUGUUGUGUUCAUGGAAUGGUGCUGUUGGAACAGGAGCAGGUUUACCUAUGCCUAAAAUUUAUAUUAGUAAGUCUUUACAAGCUUUCAUCGCAUUCAAUCUUGAAAUUCUUCUGCCUAUGAUACUGAAUUUAUUACAAAUUGAUAUCAAUGAACAACAGUCCAAAUCUCAGUCCAACAACCGGGAAAAUUCAAACAAUAAUUCUGAGGAAUUCGAUGAUGAUUUAAACAACAGGCAGUAUACAAAUAAUUUAAAUGAUGAUAGUCUGAGACUAUUGAUUUCUGAAGUGAUCAAUGUUUUACUUACUAUUUUAAAUGGCCAUGGAUUAAAUAAGUCCUUCAGUGUUGAUAUCACUGACAACUCUGCUACGGAAAAUAAUGAAAAUAAGAACGAUACUAAGGAAUUUGUCGGCUUAACUGCACAACUGAGUACAAUUACAUUAUCUGUUGACUGGGACUUAAAUGGGAUUGAAAAAUUAGCUCUAUGUAUUUCAGAUUGUUUAAGUCUACGUGCAUUGUGUAGCUUAUUGGCAUCAAUAUUUGAUAGAGAAAAUGAGUCCCCAGUUAAAUCUUUCAAGUUUAAUGGACAACAUAAUGUAACAUCCCUCUUCCUUGGAUGUGCGAAAGAAUACGAUGUAUCAAUACGUUUAAUGAGUGAACAAAUCACCGACAUCAGUCUAGUAUAUUAUUAUAAUAUUGGUUUUACAAUUGAAGAAGAUUUAAAUUACUUAAACAAAAUCAAAUUACUGUUGUUGCCAGACCAAGUUAAAUUGCAAUCAAAUCAAUCAGUAUUAGGUGCUCAAUCAGAUAUUAAACAUUUAAGUAAACCUAUUCAAUCAAUAUGGUGUAUUUUGUCCAAUAUGUGGUCAAUAUUAAUUCAGACAUGUCCUGGAGGUUUAAGUAGACAGAUUAUGGCACAUGUUAGUUCAAAACUCUUAGAGUCUGCAGUACAACAACUUGAUGUUUCUAAAAUAAAUUCAGGUUUAGAUUUUUCUAUGCAGUUUAGAGAUGAAUUAUGGCUAAUUCUUGCUAUUGCGAAAUUCGCGCUUUAUCGAUCAGCUGAAACAAUAUCUGAAGUACUAGGUGUAGGUAACCUAUCAGUUGAGUUGAAUACAAUUCAUACAACAGGUCUACUAACUACUCAAAUGCUAUUAUCGUGUUAUACUCCGAGACAUUUGUGGGAAAAACUUCAUGAAAAAGGAUUUUACAGUUAUAUAGUAGAAAAUACAAAUAAGACGUUUGAUUUCAGUUUAUCUAAUUGGUUAGCAAUUGUUGAUUCUACUCGAUUCCAUGACAUUCCAAUACAUUUAAUGAAAGAACAUCCACGACAAACAGAACUAGAAAUAGAAGUAGAACUAUUCUCCGUAUCAGGCCAUUUUGAUCCUGUUAGAAUUAUUAGUUUGUUAACUUCCUGGAAUUACAAAUUAAGUCUUUUAAUACUUGAAACAUUGUAUGCAAAUCAAUCAACUGAUAUUUUAACAGAUAAAGAGAAACUUGUGGCAAAACAAUUGUUCAUCUCAAUACUACGUAUACUGGAUGCAAUACCAGAAUAUACAGAUUUUUUAGGCAAAGUUGUAGAGUUAGUUAUAAUCCCAGGAUCAGAAAAAUGUAAAUUAUUAAGUCGAACAUUAUUAGAUCAUAAAGAAUGGCCUUUAUGGUUUGAUGUAUUAGUUCAACUAUUGGCUGAACCACUAGAAAGAAUAUGGAUUCGUUUUAAAGAGUUAAAAGAUCAAAGAUUAGAUGAAGAUGAAUCUUUUCAUGAUUAUAAACUAGUGGAUAAAUUAAAUGAAAAUCCAACAAAUAUAUUGAUUAAUUAUAUACCAAAACGAAGAGUUUAUUGGGAUCAUUUAUUUCCAUCUGGUUAUAUGCCAUGUGGAUGUUUAUUACCUGAACCAUUUAGUUUUAAUAACAUAAAACAAUCUCAUAUAUGUACAUCACCAAUUAUUGACAGAAAUCGUGACAGUAAUAACAAUAACAAUAAUAAUAAUAAUAAUAACAGUGGUAAUCCUAACAUAUCAACAAACAGUUCAACAAAACAUCAAUUGAAAAUCACUUCAAAAUUUGAAUUAGAAGAAGAAAUUGGUAAUUAUAUGAAUUAUUAUCAAAAAUGUGGAUGUAGUCAAGAAGUAUGGUUUGAAUUAGCUUACGAUAUUAUACGUCUACCAAUAAUGAAUUGUUCAACAGGUUUACAAUUAGCAUUGACUAAAAUUAAUAAUUAUUUCAUUACAAUAAUUGAAAAUCAAUUAAUAGAAUAUUCGGAACAAAUAAAUAUUAAUAAUAAUAAUAAUAAUAAUUCAAUUAUUGGACAACAUUUUACAAUACACUUAGUGAUAUUAUUCUUAAAUUAUCGAAUACAUGAAGAGAUUAAAAUAAAAACAUUAAAUAAUGAAUAUAAAACUCAACAACAAUCUGCAAUUGAACAAUUACAAUAUUCAAUAUUAUUGGAAUAUUUGAAAUCAUUAUUGAAUGUAAAUGACGAAAAUGAAGAAAUUUACGCCUGUAAAAAACGUGUGAGGUCAUUUUUAACUGAAAGAAAUAACGAUGUGAAUGAUUCUGAAUCAUUUAUCCCAGGAAAUUCCAGUAGAAUUUUUAAGAAUAUACAAAAUCUACGAUUUGUACAACAUAAAGCUCUAUCAGACUUAUUUUUCAUGCAUGAAUUCUUACAUGCAAAUACUAUAUGGAUUAAUGAAUUGAUCCGUAAUCAAAGACAAUGUUAUAAAACUCCAAUGCAUAAUAAACCAUAUUUUCAAUUAGACAAAUUAUUCAUUCCUAAUGUUGGCAUCAAGUUAAUUGAUCCUAUAGAGGAAAUAAACUGGGAAAAGAUUCAUUCUAUUAAUGUUGGUCUUCAAGAAUUAUAAAUUAAAAAACCAUUAAGAAACUUCACAUAUUGAAAUGAUAUGUUAAUCAUUAUAAUCGAAUUUAUUUACUAUUGUGAACUAUGAAUGAUGAAUACACAAUAGAACAUAUUUAUUAGUUGUCCAAUAGUGAAUAAACCAAUGAAAUGAACCAUUUCAAAAAUAUAUUUGAAAUACAUUUUUUUUCCAGAGCAUAAUAUUUCUGUUAUGAAAAUAUCUUACAUUCAAUUAUUCGUAAAAUAUAUACAUUUAUGAACAUGAAUUGAUUGUAUUCAAUAUUCAUGGAAAAUUUCCUUAUAUUAACAA